AUGCAACUAAAGUCGGGGUUAUGGGAACGUAGUGCCAUUGCGUGGAUGAGGUUGACUCUUUUGGGCAGGAAAUGGAUUUUCCAUAUUGUCCAUCAAUGGGCUGUGUGGGAGAAUGGGCAUCCCAAGAUCGAAACAAAUCCUGCGCCAAAAUCAAAUGUUGAGUAUGGCGGUUUUACCCUAAAAUUACUCGAUCUUUUCUCUUCUGAGAUGUUGGAAUCAGAUGGUAGCGAACCGAGGGAAUACGGAAUGUGGGAUGCAGAGGCUAGAGAGCACACUUUGAAAGGACAGUCCUCCAGAGAGUCUCAUGGAAUGAACGCACUGGUUUACGAGACUUCUUUAUCCAUUUCAAUUCAACCAAACAGAAAAACUAAGAGAAAGUAUAAAGAAAAACAAGAACCAAGACUUACCAGCUUUCAUAUCAACCCUCUCAACCUUGCCGUACUUUCUGAAAAGCCGCUCAAGAUCACUCUCACGAGCAUCAUACUCAAAGUUUCCGCAAAAGACAGGCUUCAUGAUUCCUACAAAAUAGACAACAGAAACGAUUUAUAG